ACAACGCCCGGGGAAUAAAGCCUCUGCCGGCAGAAUUCACGCAUCUUCCAGAUAGCUCAUUGGGUGUUUAGUCCUUCGCCUUCCCACCAGCGCUCUGCCACCCUCCUCUGCCCAUUCAUACCUGCUCCUCGCAGACGAAACCAGCUGCUCUUGUAUGCAAAGUCUGAGUGCCGGUGUUUAAACGCAGCUCCGGCUGCUAAGCCCUGGCGAUGAGCGGAGUGCCAGGCUGGGGCUUCCGCUGAGGGGCUGUGUCGCUUUAAGGCAUGUGAUACUUUCCCGAGCAGGCAUGUAUUGAAAUAGGCUCCGGUACUUACAGCACCGUAUAGCAGUGUACGUACAGCUGCCUUACUCUGCACUGCCUGCGCUGGAGUGAGGCUGCUCUGUCCUUAAACACAAACUGCUUCUCGUCCUUAAGUAUCCUGGAAGCUGCAUAUUAUCUCAAGAUCACUUCAAAGGUCUCAUCAGGCAGAAGGUGAUGCUAGGAGAUGAUUUAAAGGUGAAAAUGAGAAGGUUUCCACCCCUCAAACCUUGGCCACUUUUCUGACGGCAGAGUCUGAGAGCUCAGAUGUCUCCUUUACUCUGGAAACAGGAUUUGUAACGAAAAAGAUUCUUCUUUUUUUUUUUUUUUUUUAAUCCUGAUAAAGAAGAUUAUUGGGAAGCUAUUAAAAACCCCUUAUUGUGAUACAGAUGGAUUUAAAAAAGUGUUAGAUCUUUCCGAUGAACACUAAUAGAGUGCUCUGCUCUUGGUUGGAUUACUCAGAGAAUGGCAGUGGUCUCUGCAAUGUCCUGGGUCCUGUAUUUGUGGAUAAGUGCCUGUGCAAUGCUGCUCUGUCAGGGGUCCCUCCAUCACACUUUCCAGCAGCAUCACCUGCACAGACCAGAAGGAGGAACGUGUGAAGUUAUAGCAGCACACAGAUGCUGUAAUAAGAAUCGAAUUGAGGAAAGAUCACAAACAGUAAAAUGCUCCUGUCUACCUGGGAAAGUGGCUGGGACUACAAGAAACAGACCUUCCUGUGUCGAUGCUUCUAUAGUGAUUGGGAAAUGGUGGUGUGAGAUGGAGCCCUGCCUAGAAGGAGAGGAAUGUAAGACGUUGCCUGAUAAUUCUGGAUGGAUGUGUGCAACUGGCAAUAAAAUCAAGACCACCAGAAUCCACCCAAGGACCUAACAGAGCGCCGUCUGCAAGGAGACAGUGAAAGCCCUGCUGAUUUUUGAGGACAAAGUAUUGAAAGUUUAAAACCAUCUCAGCAUUUACAAGCCAAAUGGAUUUCUUAUUUGCACUUUGACUGUUUACCAGAUAACAACAGUGGCUUUAUUGUGUGAAAGCAAGUAUUCGGUGGAAAUAAUGCCCCUGAUUUUUGACAGCUGAAAAUAAAAAGGAAGAAAAUGGUUCCUUUGGUAAAGUUUCCAAGAUUGCGAAGUACAAACAACAGUCUAAGUUUGGAUCUACAAUUUACUUUAUACCAGUUAAAGUAUAUAUAUAGAAAUAUAUAUAUAUUAAUAUAUGAUAUUUUGAAAUAAAAGCCUCACUCUUCAAGAAAUUGAAUAGUACCACACUUUGCUGCAGCUGCUGUAAAUUUUUUUCUUCUUUUUUGUAAUGGUCUGGAAGAUCCCUACGUGUUUCAGAGAGAAAUGUGGCAGUGAAGAGGCAAAGCAAACCUGCUGCGGUACAAGGAUGCCUAAGAGCUACCUGAAUCCUACCGAUGUGGCAUCCAGAGCUUCCUGUUCCCUUUGGCAGAAUGUUGAGGGCAUUUGUUGUUCCACUUUGUGUUCUGGAGGCUUUUCCCCUUGUGCAAUACUAGCAUGCUGGCUUUGCUUCAUUAACCAUACUUGAUUGAUAUAUAACAAUGAUAAUUCUAUCCUCUUCCAAGAAAAUAUUUUUAGAGCUGUUAGAUAUUCCAUGAAGAAGAGAUGGACAGCUACUGAGUGAAGUACAGUAUGUAUUAAAGGUUUAUUUGGCAGAGUUUGGUAGACUGUGAGCUCCCUUCUUAUUAAAGGUGUACUGUACGUACAAUGACUUCAGACUUUGUAUAGCUCAUAGAGACUACAGUAAAAACCCAGUAAUCAACUCCAAAGCUUUGCGUUGUUUGCUCACUAAUUCUUUGAAACAACAACAAAGCUAUUUCUUUUCAGACCAACAUGGGAGAGGGUUUUUACAUACGGUUUGUUUUUUUACAAGCCCAUUUGCAAUUGGUGAACAAGCAUUUCAGGUUAAGCAAAUGCCUCUGUGGACACCUCGAAUGCUCAGGCACACACACGCGCAAGGGACUGCCUGGCUGUGUGCUUUUAUCCCACAGCACAGAUGGGAGAAAACCCUAAAUUUAAGCUUCCCCUGUUGCAGGCCAAGCUAAUUCUCAUUGAGAGCAUCUGCCACCAGCUAAAAGUAUACACAUGGGCAAUUCCAUGGCACAGCAAAUGCACAACAGUUUGCAGUAAGCAAACUGUGUCUAAGCCCUGUCUUAAUUUCAAAAAUAGUUUCUUUCAGAUUAAUUUUAAUCUGUUUCUUACUAAUGUGAAUUCAGCUGAGUUGAGAUGCUCUUCAGCAAGGAUGCGUCCACAGAGACAUUGAUCUACUCACUGUGAGUGGUUUGAAUUCACAUUUCUAGCUAAGCUGUUGCUGUUCACCAUGCAGCCUGGCUCUUGCAUUGCUGAAGAAAGAUCACAUCUGAGGGCUGACAUGAGCAAGCCAAGUUCACAUUCCCAGGCACUUUUGCGAGCAGUCCAAUUAAUUUCAGGGGGUUUAUUCGUGUGGAAAAGUAUCCUACGGUCACGCAUAAGUCUGCACAAUCUACCUUUCAGUAUGCCUAAUGCUACUGAAUCAAAAAGGAAUAAGGAACUGUAAAACGUGUUCUACCCCGUACAGCUUAAUUUCUUUAAUAUUUCCAAUUCCCUUUCAGCCUGCUUACCUGUCUCUCACAGGACCCCUUUGGCCAUGCUGAUCACUUUUAAUCCAGUGCAGAGGAAGUGCUGCAUUUCCCAACCUAGAGUUGGUCAAAAUUCUCACGCUAACUUUCUUUCUCCUUCAGGGCAACCACUUCAGUCCCUUAUGCUUCAAGAGGCAGAAAUUUGUCACUGUAAUUACACUGUAUAUUAAAGCAGCUACAUGAUGUGUCACGCCAUACUCCAUGCCAGCUUCCUGUGCUGGUCCUUGGCUGAUGCUCACACUGGAAAAGGACAUGCUAUUUCCAAGUACCUCUAUUAUUUCCCUUUCAAAAGAUGUAAGAGUGAGAAGUGUUCAGGGAAGAAACUUGGUUUUCUUCUGUGCACAGAAAGACUAAAUAGGAGCAUGUUAUGGGUCAUAGCACGUAGAAACCAGCCUCACCCAUGGUCCAGCAGGAAGGACAUGUGUUUUCUGGCCACAGCCACCUGGCUAAACCACAGAAGAUACCUGGACCCUAGUCUAUGUUUUACAUAUGGUCCGCCAUGGCCAUGUGUGCUUCAUUCCAUCAUCUCAAUGUGGAGAGGACCAUUGCCUGCCUGGUUACCCUCAGAUAGAUGUGAUCCCAAAAUGAGAUCUCAGACUAGCUCCAGGCUCACGUACCACAAGUAAGGAGAAACUCCUCCAGAAUAAAUCCUUAGCAAUUCUUCAUUUUACUACCACAGCACUUUAAAAAACCCAGGACCCUCUAGGAAGUAGGAAGCCCUUGGUGCACUGGGAGAUAGAUUCUGCCACCUGGCAAUAAAUUGAUUAAAGGCCAGGAUAUAUUAUCAUCCCUUUAACAACAGGAACUGAAGCACACAAAGCUAAAUGGCCACUCAAAAUCACGUUGGAGGGUAUAGAAAAUCGAGCAGAAAGUGAACUUUGGUUUCCUUAUUCCAAGCCUACUGAUAACCCCACACAGCAAACUAACCGGUGGCCUCUUGUGCCCUUUGCCAAAAGCCCGAGGUAUCACCACUGAGAGUUACUUUCCCCAUAGCAGUGUAUCUGACAUGGCUCAGACUGUGAGUAGAUAACAAUGCUUUUGCCUGUGUCUAUGAAACAUGCCUGUUGAGACUGGGAAAUAUUAGCCUUGCUAAAACAUUAGAAGGAAAUGUUAUCAUUACCACAGCAAAGUUUCUUAGAGAUGUUUAUGAAUUUUUCUUUGCCAGUAGGCAGCCUUAGAUAUCACCGCACCAAGUAAACAUCUGCAUCUCUUUGAAGUUGCUGCAAAAUCUGCUCAUGAAGUGUGGCACUGAGAAAUUGAUGUUUUAAUAAAAAUGUUUUAGAGGGGAAUUAAGGCCUUUGCAAAAAUAAUGACUAAUAAAACAUGAAGUCAAAUUGAGAGCUGGAUGCAGCUCCAGUGAACCAAAUUGAAAACAAUAGUAAAAAACCCAACCAGUUUGGAGUCACAAUGAUCAUGUAUUUCGGUGAGAUGCACAGUAAUGCAGUGUGUGGCAGGAAGAUGGCAGAGCUGCUUACCUUGGCCAAUGGAAACACAAUGUGUUUCAGUGGUGGAGUAAUGGGUCCCACAUCCUCAUGAGAAAGUGACAGUCAUGCCACUCUCUGCACAAUGUUUAAGGAUAUUUACAUCCACAGAAGAGAAAGUUGAAAGUUCCUGCUUUUUGGCAGAAGUCUAGACAGAGACAUGGCAGGCAAAAAAGAAAAAUAGUUGUAAAUGCAUCCAAGAUAAAUUUAGAUUUCUGUCAAUGUUUCUUCAGAUGUGUGAAAAAACAAGUUAUGUAAAUCUGAAAUGUACAAGUUGGAAAAAAUACUGAAAAAGAAAAAAGUAUCUACCAUCUGCCUAUUGAUUCAGAAAAUCUAGAUUAUAUGCUUCUGUCCAAAAAAUCUCUGGUAAUAAAGAGCUCAGUGUGGUAUGACUUAAUAUUGCUUUGAAUAUGCUACAUGCUAUAUUUGAAGAAAUAUAUGGAGACCCAUGGAGAAAGUCCACUCCUAUGGCCAACAAUUAUGAACAGCAUGAUGUGCACCCAAAACUGGCGUUACAGAGAGAAAGGACUCUGAAGGUGAUACAGUAACUGAUGAGUGAUGCUCUUAUCAGACCUAUUGAUCGACAAUUUACAGAGUUCACAGAUAUUUUCAGUGGUGUACUCUAUUAUCACAUUCUAAAAUUAUUAGUUAUGUUCCUAACUUUCCUCAUUUGCCACUUUUCUAUUCUUCUGUACGGUCCAAGUAUAAUUACAGAUAGUAGAGAAGUUGUGGAGAUAAACAUACCUUGGCUUGGAAAGCACAUCCAUUUCAUCUGAAGGUGGCAGUAUUUGUUUCUUCUUAGUGGCAGGUUGAAUAUUGUGGUCUAAAAUGAGCUUCUCUUUUAUCAAUACCUCAGUCAUAUCCCAGGAAGCAGGGUUUAGAGCUUGCCUGACAAAGAAAUGGGUCAUGCUUCUUUGCUUGGUAUUCUAUUUUUUUGUCAGUGAAAAAUAAAAACACAUUCCACAAGUAAUCUUGCAGGUAGACAGAAGGAGAUGUGUGUGCAGGGCAGUUGGUUUAAGGCUGUCAACAAUUUUUCUAGUUCACAGGUUUGAAUUCAGAUCAUAAGCCUGACACAUAUUUAUGGUUUCUUCUCUGAAAUGCUCACACAGUCAGAGCACUUAACUUCACAAAUAUUUAUAAAACUAUGCCACUCUGAGGAAAAGAAACUGACUCUUCUACUUUGCAGUUGGAAAAUAAGACUCAUAAGACUUGGGACCUGUCCAAGGUUAUCCUAAAGAACUGCAGCAGAGCCAGCAGUAGAACUGAGGACUUCUGGAUUUUAAGUCAUCGUUGCAGAUGGUUCAUCUACAGUUCACAUCAGUAAGAUUUCACUGACUGCAGACCCUGGCUUUUAGCUCAAGUCACAGAGAGCAAAAUUAGGGUGCCUGCAGUCAAGUGUGGACAAUCGUCUGCAAGAAUCAACUGCUCAGAGCUUACUCACCUCCAUUCAGCUGGGAUUUUCAAACCACUAAUGCAUGGAAGACCACCACUAGACUUACUCCAACAUCUUCUGCUCCCACAGGGACAGUGGCACAGUCCUGCUGCUGUCUGGUUUCACAGCUCCUUAGUAGAAGUUGCUGUGAGCCUUCCAGAUUAGAUAGAGAGAUGGAAAAAAAGCACAGAAAUGGCUGUGCUUAACUGUGGUGGACUGAGAAACAAAUUUAGCCAACAGUCCUUUCAGAGGUCAUGAUUUCUCAGAGAUGCCCAUCAGAUAGAAUGAUUUUCAUGUAAAAGUUGACUUUGAGCAUAGAAAGCACACAUUCCCUUGCACCACGAGGUGCCUGAACCAGCCAAUAAGAAGCACAAAGAAGCUCAAGCAAAAAAUGUGAGCACCGCUGCCAGCGGAAAGGAUACCACACAGGGUAGCUUAAGUCAUGGGGAAAUAAAAAACCCCACUUCAUUUUUGAUAAAUAGUCAUCUGUGGGAACACUUAGCAGAUCUUUGAUUAAACUUUUUGCUGUUGCUUCACAAGUACCUCUAAUUCCUGAAUGCAGCUCAGAAAUGUGCAGAGGUCUUUCCUACAUGACAGGCUUGGGUACGAUGUCUUUUCACCCAAGACUCAUUGUCAGAUUUUUUUUUGUCUUCUCACCAUGUGGCAAUAUGGUCAAAUUUGUAUGACCAGAAACAACAUACAUGUUUGAGCAUAAAGUCACUAACCCACUUCCCAUUGUAUCUCAUCUGCUUGCUUCUUCAGAUGGCUGUCCUUGAUUCGGUUAGAAAUGAGGGCUAGAGACCCAUUCAGAUUUGAAGCAAACUACCUAUAAUCUAAAGUAUUGCUCGGGGGAAUAUGCAAUUUCUUCCUCCCACCUGCCAUUCCUCUUCAUUUUCUAUUUCAUUUCAUUUUCAUUUCAUCUCAUCCGCUCUCUUUCAUACCACAAUUAUUUUCAUCCAUCUCUAUUAGUCUUUUAUCGCCACUACUGCCCCACAGACAGAGAAAAGCAGCUAUGCCGUCAAGACCCAAUUCAAGGAGCUGUCCCCUCCAACAGCUCUGAUUUAUGUGAUGAUCUUUCUUUGCCUUUUUCCUGUGUACUUUGGAAGGUGAGAUCCCAACCCCACUACAGCUGUUACACCAGCAGCUCACCGUAUUUCAGUGCCCACAACAGCAAUCCACAGCUCAGGGCCACAGGGUCUCUCUCAGGUAUGCCCUAGUGUGUAAAGCAUAUGCUACUGAUACUUGAUUUGCAGCAGAGGAGUUAAUUGUCAGCUCCUCACCUUCACUGAACCUGUCCUGUUUGUUGCUUCUCCUACAGUCUUGUAUACCUUGACCAGAACCAAGAAGUCAGCACACAGACUACUGGGGGUUUGUCAUUAGUUUAUGCCUCUGCAAGAGGAAAAUUUAUCGCUAUUGAUUUGAUCAGAUUUGAAAUAGAGAAUGAAGAACAGGCCAAAUAGCUGUUAAAUGCACAAUAUGGGAUGUAAGCACGGACAUGUUAGGUUUUUUUCUGGGUACUUUUUUCCCCAAUGUUCUUUCAGUUACAUUUCUUUUCUGAAAGACUCUACUAUUUAGACUUGCAGAGCUUAUAUGGUAUCUCAUGUAAAGUGGCACAGAGUUUUUACAAAUCUGACACCAAGUCCCUAAAACCCUCCUAGUAUCUCACAGACACCGAUGUCAGGCAGAGAAACAGUUAGGAAAUGCUACCAGCUGAAGACAAUGAUCUCUCUGUCCUUCCUCUGCUUCAGAAAACUCUUCUCAACAAUAACAUCUCAGCUGUGCAUCUAGCAUCAACCUACAAAAAAUACUUCUGAUGGGAUCACAGUACAUCCCUUUAUCACAGAAUAAAGCUGCGAGAGAAGGAUAACAGGAUUUCUUACAGUCAGUGCUGUUCAAGAUCUGGGGGCAAAAUAAGGAAGAGCAGCCCAAAACUUUAAAAAUUGUUUAGCAUAUAAUUGUCAUUGAUUUCUAGUCCAUGCUCUCCUCCCUUAAUAUACUCCACACAUCUACCUGGAGACUACAGUAAUUCCAUCUUGAAGCACCUCCUGUAACUAUACCAUUCAAAAUCUCAAUGCUUACAAAGGAGCCCUAAAAGGCAACCACAACACACGAAGUGAGUAGACCUGGUCAAUGUGUUGCUGUCUCCAGUUUCCCUUUCAACUGCUGCCCUUACCCUCCCAACAGAAUUUGACAUGAAUACCUAUAAGAGAAUUGUUCUCCACAAAUUGCUGUGAAAUGUGAAAGUCAUCUUAUGCCUGAAUAAUUAAGGCACUCCUCUCUACCAACAGCCAGUUUCUUUCUGUACUCUUCAUUAACCCACAGCUUUCCUAUUUAAACUGAUCUAAUUAGUUCCUUACAAUUAAAGGCAGUGGUUUGGUAGAAGACUUGAAAAAUGGGAGUUCACAACAGGUAAAGUUCUUGAUCAGGAUUAUUACUAUUUUUUGAAAUCAAACCCAAAGUUUGCAUAAUGAAGAUUUCUUGGAAGAUACGAUCUAUUAAAUAGGAAAACCAGUUGUUCCUCACUAAUUGGCUCCAUCCUUCUUGGACACAUUUUCACAGACACCUAGAAUCUGGAUUUCUGAGCACAUACAAGCCUAGCAUUAAGUCAAAUGAAAACUGAAGAACUGAUCUGAAAGCAAAGAUUAACAACCUUAUCUUUCAAUUUAUCGAAACCUUAACCACAGGCUGUUCUGCUGUAAUACAGUCAGUUUCCACCUGCAGAUCACGAUUCUCUUCACUGCUGUACAAGGCACAGGCUAAACUGAAUGUAGAACACUACACAUGUGAAAUACCCCACACACCUCAGUGGUAACUUUCCUCACCUGUUAGCACUAAGAUGCCCUGGGACACAGGUGAGCUCAUCAAACAUAACCCAGCAUUCACCAGUGUGAACGAUAGUGGCUAUUCAGUUUCAAGUUUAUGCAGUACAGAGGCAAAACAGACUCAUAACAGGAGCAAAUUGAUAUUAAAACCAGUGUCCGGACAGCAGAAGAUCCACAUCUCACAGAUUACUUACAUAUAAAGCGAACAUAUACAAUGGCCAUGUUGAUAAUUUCCUUAGGAUUUAGAGAAGAGAGCAACUUCAGCUUUACAAACUUCAUGGUUGCUUGAUCUCACUACAGUAAACAGCUCCAUAUUUUUCCUUUUCAUGUUUUAUCCUGAAGCAACAGAGCAUUACAUUAAUUGACUUGUCUUAUUAAUUCAAUAAGCUGCUUCCAAGAUGAAAUGCUUAGCUAUGCUUGCUUGUUUUUGGCACUUUUUGGUUGUUGGAAGAAAAGCUUUAAGGCUAGAAUUGCUCUGAUGUUUUCCACAGUUCACUGAGUAAUUUUAUGCACUACUGAAGAUUUGCCACAUUUGGAAUUACUGCAAACUGCUGCUUUUUCAUCAUAUUAUAAUUUAAUUCACACUUUUAGUAUGAUAAGAAAACAUUUAACAGUUUGCAUAUUAGAGAAGUGUAUUUGUUCUGCCAUAAAGUUGUAGUUAAGAAUUCAUUAUAGGUCAUUCCUUUCUAGGAUUUAUAAUUUGGACAUAAGAUGCAUUUAGAAGAUUAAGGAUGACAUAAAAGCCACCCCAUUCAAAUGAAUUAUAUGCAAUGAAAUUCAGGGAGAAAAAAUUGACCUUGCUGUAAAUAUAGCAAAAAUAAUUUACUGCAAAGUUGAAUAAGAUUGAGAUAUUUUUACUAUUUCGGCAAGUUAUCGGAGAAGAGGUGAAAGUGUUUUAAACUCUAAGAAACUUGAAUGCCAAUAAACAUACCUGAUGCUUCCUUAAGGGAAAAAUACUCAUGCAACUAUGUGGAUUCUUAGAUUUCAACUUCGUUAGCAAACAUGAACUCUGGGUUUUUCUUUCAACUGGUGAAAAAGAUGAUGGUUUUGGUGUGUGAACUGAGUGAAAAUGAAAUUUCUUUUUUUCACCGAGCUUGUACUUUUUCAAGAAGCUGGCCAGGGGUUGUCAAUGCUCUUACCUUUGGGAAAUCUCCUUCCAUUCAUUGCCCAGCUCUAGGCUUGCCCAUAUGGUCUGUUUUGAAGCAAGGUACAGCAUCGUAGUGGUUUAACCCCAGUUGGCAACUAGGGACCAUACAUCCACUCACUGAUGAAACUGAGGGGCUGUGGGCACCUCCAGUCUCUCUGAUGAGGAAAGGGGGUGAGUUCUCAUCAGUGAUUGCUUUUCAACAUAUAGAUACUACAACUCCCUGUAUCUCUGCUCCAGAUCCUGACACUCACUAAAGUCCCUUACAGAGCUCCUGGCAAUAGCACUGCAUUUAAGCUGCUUCUAGGGUGAUGCCUGGCCUGGGCUGGUGCUACUGCAGAGAUCAAGGGCUGUACACAAAUAGAGUGAAAACCAGAAUGCUACAAGAAGGAGCCAGUCCCUGGAGAACCAGGUCAGUUGUUCCUGCUCAAAGGGAUAGGAAGGCAUGCCUGCAUAAACUGUUCUUCACACGCUCCCUCAUCUGCAAGCUAUAUUUUGUAACCCAGCGAUAAGUCUGGCAGCUUGGUGCUCAGAGGUAAUGCUGGUGGUCAAGACAGCGGUUCCCACCAGCCCUGCUAUGGGUUGGUGCAGUGGGUGACAAACCUUCUCACCACAGAGCCAGUUACACUCACUGCUGCAGUAAAAAUCAAUCUGGUAAUCAGAAGGCUUUGAGUCAAAAUAAAGACAUCCCUGCAGUGAGGUCCUAUUUUUAAGUGAAGGUUAUUGAUCAGGUUUCUGGCCUUAAGAAAUCAAAACAUAGUUUAUGCUCAGAGUGACCUGUAGGUGUUUGCACAACAAUUAAUACCCGCAGCUAAAGGUAAUGCAGCUGGACACAUGGCAAUAGGUUUUUUCCUUGAAACAUUUUACCCUUACAGCCACUACCUCUAACUCUUCAUUAUGUGUCCCCACACUCUUUGCAUUUCAAAAUUAUCACACUAAGCAAAGCUCAAUGCACUGUUUAAAUGACUAAGGAACAUCUGGUAAGAUGAGGCUGCUGGGACUCCAUGGACAGAUAAAGUUGUAGCACUUUUCCUCUGUAUAUGGAAAUGUAUUGUAAAUUAAAUCUACAAAUCGUCUGAAAAGGCACAGGUCAGAAAGGAAGUGGAGAAAUACCA